GACUCACGGGACAGAAUCUGAGCAGUGCUCUCUGUGUCAAAUCCUCUUCUUCUCGGUUUUACGUUUGAAUGAAAAUGUUUCUUCCUCCAAAACAACUACACUCGGUAGAAACCAACGACUAAAGUUCAGGAGGACUGCAGACUUUUUAGAGACGUAAAUGUGUGAUGGAAGUAGGUCUACGCUUUGGACAGGUGCCGCUCGCCGUGAAGCACAGGAACGGCGGGGUGAACCAGCUCGGCGGAGUCUUCGUUAACGGGCGCCCGUUACCGCACGUGGUGAGACAGCGGAUUGUGGAGCUCGCGCAAUUCGGCGUGCGUCCCUGUGAGAUCUCCCGCCGCCUGCGCGUCAGUCACGGCUGUGUCAGCAAAAUACUGGCCAGGUACAAUGAGACAGGGAGCAUCAGACCAGGAGUGAUUGGAGGCUCUAAGCCCAAAGUGGCCACUCCAAAAGUUGUGCAAAGGGUCCUGCAUCUGAAACACACCAACCCCACCAUGUUCGCCUGGGAGAUCAGAGACAGGUUGAUGCUUGAGCAGGUGUGUGACCAUGACAGCGUGCCCAGCAUCAGCUCCAUCAACAGGAUCAUUAGAAGCAAAGUCCAGUCUGAGUCGUGUGAAGUUGUAUCAUCAGCAUCAUCUGUUGCCAUGGGAGCAACCCAUUCCUCUGAGUCCACCUAUUCCAUCAGGGGGAUUUUGGGAAUCAGAAAAUGCAGCGGCAAAUAUAAAACAGGCAGGGACGUCUCCUGCAGUGUGUACCACGAUCAGCCAUGUUCCUGUAAUGAUGCCUGGGGACGGUCUGACCCCCGCCUGACCUCUAUCUCUAGUCUGACCUUUUACCCCAUCCAGGCAGCUAAUCAUAAUCCAGACCUCUUAGGGUCCCCAUGUCAUUACAGCUGAAGGGGGCUCUAAAAUACCCCAGAAGAAAGAAUAGCAUCCGUUUUUGUGCCAAAAAUUUGUUGUGUUACAAAAUAGAUGACAUCAAGAUAGAAACCUACAGCACAAUUUUCAAGUACGUUCAAA